AAAAAAAGCGAAAAAAGAGGAAGAAGAAGAAAAUGAAGUUGUGAACAAUUCCGUCGGUCAGGGAAGCAGAGGGAGUAAUUGAUUCCGAUGACCACUGUAUCCGGCGCCGUCGUCUCAUCAUUCGUAGCUCCUCCGCUUCGUUGCACAUUCUCUCGUCAUCAUCCGAGUCUGACCAAGCUCUCUCUUCAAAUUCCUAGAGCCGUCUGGUUGAGGAAACAGCGAGGGUUUUCUUUAGCGGCGGCGGCGGCGGCUUCAGAAUUGCCAUCGGAAGCCACCUAUGAUCCGGAGCUCCGUUUGGUUUUCGAGCUCGCCACCGAUUCUGAGUUGUAUGAGCUCGAGAAUAUCCUUUUUGGUCCCAGCUACUUCAGCCCUCUCCUGAAAUCAAUUCCAAACAAAGGAGGAAGUGACCGACUAAUGAUAGGCCAAGACAUUGAGGUGCGAGAUGGUUUUAUCAAAGCUCUUGAGUCGAGAUUCUUGUUUCUCGCUGCAGAUGCUCGCUCAACGCUUAGGGGUUGGAGACCUUCAUACAGAAACGUUUUACUUGCGGUGAGAGAUAAGUUGAGUAUUCCCUGCUCCAGCCAAUUGCCAACAGAGGACCUAGAAGCAGAGAUUUUUCUUUAUCUUGUCGAUAAUUUCUCGAGUGAAGCAUCAGGGAUUUUUCCAGGCUUGUGGGAAAAUUCUCAAGCAUCAAAGGUAAAGGGAAGCUUAGAACUCGGGCUCAGUAAGUGGAAAGUUGAACUACUUGCCGCACUAGAAGUAGGUGCUGCAGAGGUCCAAUCUAUGAUUCUCAAGGGUGGUGGCAUGAUCACAUUUGCCAAGGUUUAUCAGUUGUUGGCUAAGAAGCUAUCUGGAAAAGUAUUCCUUGAAGCUGCCAACUACCAGAUGAGGAGAGAGAUGCUAAAAAAGGGUGGACAGUUAGCUGCCAUUAACUUGGAAUCUCGAGCAGCUCUGCUUGCAGCAAAACAUGGGUUUGCAGGAGCUGCAUCCAGAUACCUUGGCUUAAGAACAGCGAUGCAAUUACUCGGUCCGGUAAUGUGGGGCACGUUACUGGCUGAUUUGGUGAUUCAGAUGCUCGAAACUGACUACGCUAGAAUCUUACGAGCAAUUUACGCGUUUGCACAGAUUCGGAUCACCAGGACAUACAGGCUACCUUGUAAAUGAAGUAACAGUUUUCCUCGAGUUUCUCAGUCUCAUCAGUGUGUGUCUAAGAACACGUGUCUGGUUCGUGGGCCUCGAAAGCAACGGCGGCUCUGUUUCUUUCACGACGAUAACCCGCCGCGUUUCUCCACGUGGCUUUUUGUCAGAAAUUUAGACUAUUCCAUAACUUGUUUUUGUUUGCAUAUUAAUUUUAUUAUGCAAGCGAAUCUUCAAUAUAAUCACUGUGAUGGAUAAUUGCGGCUAUAAUGUGUUAAAAUCUCUCUGUUAGUGUGGAGUGAACAUGUUUGAAUCCGGAU